AUGAGUUUCGUACCCGUUAACCCGCGGCCGAUGCUGCAGGACCUCGUCAACAAGCCAGUUUUCGUCCGCUUGAAGUGGGGUCAGGUUGAGUACAAGGGCACACUCGUCUCUGUCGACAGCUACAUGAAUCUGCAGUUGUCCGGCACCGAGGAAUAUGUUUCCGACAAACCAACUGGUCUGCUGGGACAAGUACUGAUCAGAUGUAACAAUGUGCUCUGGGUUCGUGGUGCGGACGACUCCAAGGACGCUGCCAUGUCGGGUUAA